AUGACUAAUACAAACAAUCUCUCGACAAAUAAAAGUUAUAUCUGUGCUAAUUGCAACCAAAUUAUUAAUGAUCGCUAUAUGCUGCAAGCAUUGGAUAAGAUGUGGCAUGAAGACUGUUUGAAAUGUGCUUGUUGCGAUUGUCGUCUUGGCGAAACGGGCUCGACAUUAUAUCUCAAAGCAAAUUUGAUACUUUGUAAACGCGAUUAUCUACGAUUGUUUGGGAUGACUGGUCAUUGUGCGAGUUGUCAACGACUAAUUCCGGCAUUUGAUUUAGUAAUGCGCUGUGGUGAACUUGUUUAUCAUCUGAAUUGCUUUUCGUGUUAUGAAUGUCAACAAAAAUUUUGUGUUGGUGAUCGAUAUUUCUUAUAUAAUAAUCAAAUUUUAUGUGAAGAUGAUCAUGAACGAACACGAAAAAGUCAUUUAUCUUCUUCUACGGACGCGUCACUUUAUUCCAAAUAG